AACUCCGCCUCUACCAACGCCCUGAAGAACGAAACAAGAAAGUUAAGAGUAUUCUCAGUCCGACCUGGCUGGGCUCAGUUGCCUAGCGGACGCUGGCCGAUCGUGUGGAACCAAACGACCGGAAGUCAUGAAACUCAUAGUAAUAUUUUGUGUGUUGGUGAUCUUAACGACCACCUUCGCUUACCCAACAACGUUUCUGAAGGGACAAAGAAGAAAAGAGUUGAACAACACCUUCGUAGGUGAUGACGAUUAUGGGUGGUACGCACCAAUGGCGAUGAUACUCACCCCUUUAUCAUCAGAAAGCGGAGGCCUUGUCAAACACCGACCAGGUUCUCGAUUCCCUGCUGACUGGAACAUCCCGCCGAACUGGUCACUUGAUCCAUGGGCGCAUCGUCUCCAACAACCACCUGCAUAUCAUUAUGGUCAUACACGGUUUCCAGCGGUUCCCUCACCGUACGACGAUUUACACGAGAAUCAAUGGACUCGAAUAAUGUGGUCCUUGAUGACGACAGGUGCCGUUUACCUACCGAAGAAAGCAGUGAGUGAAAUCAAUGCGGAUUCCAAUUCCAAACACAGUUGGCCUCUGGCUUCAGGCGGUAUAGCUGAAUCCCGCACGCCACAAGUUGUCGAAAAAAUCAAGAAACAAAGUCCGCUUCCGUGGUUAGUCAAUCUGGCAGGUCCGCCAGGUUUGCCAGGUUCCGACGGGGUAGACGGUGUCGACGGGCGAGAUGGUAAAGACGGCAAAGAUGGAACACCUGGGCCUGCAGGCCCACCGGGUACUAAAGGAGACACGGGCAUACCCGGGAAAGACGGACGUGAUGGGCUGAUUGGGCCUCCAGGAAUUGUUGGUCCUAUAGGGCCACCAGGCCAGCAAGGUAUUCAAGGAUUGCACGGGCCACCAGGACCUCAAGGCGUACCAGGAGAAAAAGGAGAAGAUGGCAAGGACGGACGUGAUGGGUCUGACGGGACGGACGGAAAAGAUGGUACUAAUGGUGGGCCCGGUCCGGCAGGGCCUACUGGAACUCCAGGACAGUUCGGAAAAGACGGACAAGAUGGCCAACCUGGAGUUGCAGGACCACCAGGUCCUGCUGGCCAAGACGGAAAGGACGGCAAAGACGGUGAGGACGGUAAAGAUGGCAAAGAUGGUCAACCAGGACCACCUGGUCCGCCUGGUACACCUGGAAAAGACGGUAAGGACGGCACGUCGGGAACAGCCGGACAAACUGGACAAUAUGGACAGGAUGGACAAGACGGUCAGGCAGGCUCCCCAGGUCCAGUCGGGCCGGGAGGUACACCUGGAACCGGCGGUACAGAUGGUCAAGCAGGCUCAGGAGGUAUUCCAGGCGUCCCUGGAACGGCUGGAACAAGUGGAAUUCCAGGUAUACCAGGAAUACCGGGAGUGGCUGGCGAUGCAGGUGAUCCGGGUGCCGCUGGUCCUGCCGGUGCAGCAGGUACUGCAGGAGCAACUGGAACAUCAGGUACGGCAGGUUCACCAGGAUCACCCGGUUCACCGGGCGCUCCAGGAGCCCCUGGUGCGGCCGGACGUCGUUAAUCGUUUUGAACGUCAUUUGCAUUUUAAACUUCCAUCCAAGAUUUCCAAGUGCUGGCAAACUGGAUUGUAUGAAUGCAUUAAACAUC